ACAUCCUCUUUAAGCAGCCUAAUUUGAUCUUUCGGAACCUUCCUCCGCCAGCAUAGUGUCCCUCGUCUCUCCGCCUUUUGCAUCCUUUUGAAUAAAAUCCUCCUUUUCUUGAGCAGGACAGUAACAAGGAGCCAACAUGUCCUCUGAGGAGGAGACUUCCUCAUCUCCUCGUCCUUCACCUUCAUCUCACUUCAUCGGGAAGAGGGACGACAUCAUCAGACGCGGCCGUGUGACCAAGCUAGUGAACGGGUGCCGAGACGUGCUGGUCAUCCACCACCAGGGGGAGUUCCACGCCAUGGACAUGCGUUGUUACCAUGCAGGUGGUGCAUUAGUGCAUGGAGACAUCGAGGAGUUCAACGGCCGGGCGUGUAUCGUAUGUCCGUGGCACAAGUACAAGAUAACGCUGGCGGAAGGCGAAGGGCUGUAUCAGGCCGUGGACAACCCCACGGUCAAACCUCUGAGGACACGCUGGCGCUCCAAAGGCGUCAAGCAGAGGGUCCAUGAGGUCACAUUGGUGGACAAGGACGUGUACGUCACGCUGAACGACUCCCAGGAGGCCGUGGAGUCGGAUUACUACCAGACGGAGCGAUACAGGACUAACUUAUGCAAGGUUCAGGCCAAAAAAGUCCACUGACGGACAAUGUGUCUUGGAUGUGUCACUUACAGUGUUGGGACUAACACUGUAAGCUGUAACGCCGUUAUUUUCGGCGGUAACAUGUAGUCUAACGCGUUAUUUUUUAUAUUCAGUAACUCAGUUACCGUUACUACAUGAUGCGUUACUGCGUUAUUUUUUAUGUAGUAUCGGCUAGAAACUGAGAAGAUGUGAGUGUGUUUUAUUGGAGCGCUGCAGAAGAGGUGACAAGGAAGAGGCUGUAUGUGUGUGUGUGGGAGGGGGCGUGUCUGUGUUUACUAACAAGACAUGACGUAGCCCAAAGCCGAGUUUCUUAACAUGGAGAUAUUCUCACUACUUUUCUUUUGUCCACCACCAAGAAAAGAACAUCUUAAUUAAAUGUAAGUUGUGUCUUGAAUCAAAGAUCCUAUCCUAGCAAUUCAAAUCUGCCGAAACAGCUACAAAAGCAACACGCUUCGACGAAGCUAGUAAAGAGAGACACACUUCACCUCAUAAGCAACAGCGGCUGGAUUUUAACGAGGCACUCCGCACUGAAGGUACACAUUCUGUCAAUUGUCUUAUAUGCUCUUUCAUUCUAGACUUGUAGAGUGUUCGAUUAUCACAUCACUCUAAAUGUAUAGACUAUAAAGUUCACAAACAUAAAGAGGGAUGCUAGUGGGCCAGGCCAAUAUUUCCUUAUCUCUAAACUAAAACUGGGGAAAUGUGUAGUGUCCUGGGCUUCAGACGUGAUUUUAUUUCAGAAUUCCUUGAAACCAACAACAUUAUGGUUUGAACAUUUUCAGAACGUGCGUGUUCUAUUUUUAAACAAAGAAAACAAUCUGGUCUUUAUUUUUAAGUUAUCUUUAUUUUUUAUAUACA